AAUCCCAAGGCAGGGCGGUGCUGCGCCUCUCCCAGCUGAAGGCAAUCCAAGGGCGGCCAGGAAGGAAAGCACUCCAUGAAACUCUGCCCAGCUGUUGCUCCAGUGUCUCCACCUCUUUCUCUCUCUGCCUGCCUCUGGGGGCCCUUUCCCUGGCCUUGGGUUGGGCUCCCUUCCUUCCUUCCUGGAGGAGGGGCCAGUGCCAAAGUGGGAGAAGCAGCAGCAAGAGCAACCGGAGCAGUAGCUCAGGGACCCUUGGAGAAGAGCUUGGAUUUGCCCCCACCUCCUCCUCUUCCUCUGCUAUCAUGUCGACCAGCGGCCCAACCGGGGCAGCGGCCUCCUCGUCCUCGGUGUCUGGCUCCAACCGCCGCCUCCAGCAGACCCAGAACCAGGUGGAUGAAGUGGUGGACAUCAUGAGGGUCAACGUGGACAAGGUCUUGGAGCGCGACCAGAAGCUCACGGAGCUGGACGACCGGGCCGACGCCUUGCAAGCGGGAGCCUCCCAGUUUGAGACGAAUGCCGCCAAGCUGAAGAGGAAGUACUGGUGGAAGAACUGCAAGAUGUGGGCCAUAUUGAUCGCUGUGGUCGUUGUCCUCUUAAUCAUCAUCAUUGUUUGGAGUGUGUCUUCGUGAGCUGCGGCGAACCAAGGAAGCCGACCCCUCGGCAAGGAACGCCCGACUCCUGCACCCUCACCUGCGGCACGGUCACACUUUCCCACCGUGCCCAAAUCGAACCUUAUUUCGGACAGACGCAUCUACUCUUUUGUCGUUCUUCAAUUGCUGAAACGUGUAAACUAAAUGCUAAUUUGGUGGGUUGAGGCUGCCGAGGAGAGCUCUGCGAGUCCUGGGAGGAAAGGGCAUUUAUUUCACGGCCUGUUCUGUUCUGGAAUUGCAAUUCCCAAUGGCCUUUCCUUCAUCCCCACUUGGAAAAUCUCUUUCUUGGACGAGGGCACCCUCCUCACUUGCACAUGUGCCAAACCAUGUAAUAUUAA